UGGUGCAAAGGGGAGACCGAGGUGCGACGUGGAACAGCAGAAUGACACUAAUGUCUUCAAUAAUGCAACAACUGAAGUCCGGCGACACAGUGAGAAUAAAGUGUAAGCUUCCGGAAGUAUCUAAAAUGUAGCAAACUGAGUCAGCACUUGUGGAAAGGAGAAGUCGUCGUCAUGGACGGCGGGUUGACUAUCACUUUUUUAUCGGUUGCGAUGUUUGUAGGUUGUUUUCUACUUGGCUUCAUCCCACUGUUGUUCAGACUCUCUGAGAAAAGCCUCCAGUUUGUCUCCAUCCUGGGAGCGGGACUCCUGUGUGGGACAGCACUGGCGAUCACCAUCCCUGAGGGAGUGGGCUUACUGGAGGAGUCAUGGAGAGCGUCCUCCUCCUCAGAUGUGCCAUCCGAUCUGAAUGCCAGUGAAAAAAAUGAAAAUGCAACCUCACCAGAGAUAGGCCCUCCGCCUCGGUUCAUCAUUGGUGUGGCUUUAACUUUGGGGUUCACCUUAAUGUUUGUAGUGGAUCAGAUUGGAAGUUACCUCUCCAUGCGUGACCAGACCACUCGUUUGCCUAACAGUGUCGGCAUCACGGCCACUCUGGGACUGGUUAUUCAUGCUGCAGCUGAUGGAUUCGGUGGUGCAGCUGUGGCCACGGGUCAAGUGACAGUGCAAGUUAUAGUAUUUUUAGCUGUGAUUCUACACAAGGCACCUGCAGCUUUUGGUUUGGUCUCCUUUCUGAUGCAUGCAGGCCUUGAAAAAAAGUACAUUCAGGGACACUUACUGGCCUUUUCAGCUGCAGCGCCGAUACUUGCCAUCGCCACCUACUUCAUAAUAUACGCAUCUGGCAGCUCAUCUCAGAACCAGCUCAGUGCGACAGGUGUGGGGAUGCUCUUCUCAGCCGGGACUUUCCUCUAUGUGGCCACGGUGCACGUUCUCCCCGAGAUCAGCAGCAGCAGGUCGAGCCAGCCCCCCUCUGACCCCCAGCAGCACACCGGAGCCGAGGCCCACCAUCAGCGACAUCUGGGGCUCCUGGAGAGCCUCACUCUGAUCCUCGGGGUCGGGCUCCCGAUGGUGCUGGCUCUGGGGCUGAGGGACGACUGAGAGAGAGACAUCCGGCCAGAUAAGUGUAGUGCAAAGAUCACCACGCCUGAAAGGAAAACACCUCCCAAAGAUACUGUGCUGCGUUGACUUCCUGUAUGGCGUCUGAUGGAGUAAACAAAAUGUGCUGUGGAUUAGAGU